ACUUAAUGAGAAAGGCAGAGGACAAAUAGCAAUUCAUUCCUUGUUCUCACUUCAGAAUUUCCCAUCUUUUUUUUUUCUCUUAUUCUUCUGCGUGAAUCUCCCCAAUUUCCAUCAGAUUCGCUCGCCAAUCCCCUUCUCCAUUUCUCUUUCUCCCCUUAAUCUGCAUUCUCACUCUAAACCCUGAACAAACUCAACACUUUCGCGAUCACGAAACUAUCUAUUCCUGAUUCAGAUCAGAUAUGGCGACAAUGGAGAGCUUGAUUGGAUUAGUUAACAAAAUCCAAAGAGCAUGUACUGUUCUUGGUGAUCAUGGUGGUGAAGGUCUUUCUCUUUGGGAAGCUCUUCCUUCUGUUGCUGUCGUCGGUGGUCAGAGUUCUGGAAAAUCAUCUGUUCUGGAAAGCAUUGUUGGAAGAGAUUUUCUUCCUCGUGGAUCCGGAAUUGUUACACGGCGGCCGCUUGUAUUGCAACUACACAAGAUCGAUGGUGGGAGUGAAUAUGCGGAGUUUCUUCAUGCACCGAAGAGAAAGUUUUCUGAUUUCGCUGCUGUCCGCAAAGAAAUAGCAGAUGAAACUGAUCGUAUCACGGGAAAGACAAAGCAAAUUUCUAAUAUCCCUAUCCAUUUAAGCAUUUAUUCACCACAUGUUGUCAACUUGACACUUAUAGAUCUUCCGGGACUCACAAAAGUUGCCGUAGAGGGACAAUCAGAAAGUAUUGUUCAAGAUAUUGAGAACAUGGUUCGCAGUUAUGUUGAAAAGCCAAAUUGCAUUAUACUUGCUAUUUCUCCUGCCAAUCAAGAUAUAGCAACUUCAGAUGCUAUAAAGCUUGCGAGAGAUGUUGAUCCUUCAGGUGAAAGGACAUUUGGUGUGUUGACAAAACUUGAUCUGAUGGAUCAGGGUACAAAUGCUUUAGAUGUUCUUGAAGGAAGAGCAUACAGAUUGCAACAUCCCUGGGUUGGUAUAGUGAACCGUUCACAAGCUGAUAUCAACAAAAAUGUCGAUAUAAAUAAUGCGCGUAGGAAGGAGAGGGAAUAUUUUGAACAUAGCCCAGAAUAUUCUCAUUUAGCUCACAAAAUGGGUUCUGAAUAUCUGGCCAAACUUUUAUCUCAGCAUUUGGAGGUUGUAAUCAGACAGAAGAUUCCAAGCAUCAUUGCCCUUAUUAACAAGACAAUUGAUGAAAUCAAUGCUGAAUUGGACCGUAUAGGCAGACCUAUUGCAGCCGAUGGAGGGGCUCAAUUGUACACAAUUUUGGACAUGUGUCGUGCAUUUGAUAGAGUGUUUAAGGAGCAUCUUGAUGGAGGGAGACCUGGUGGUGAUCGCAUUUAUGGGGUUUUUGACCACCAACUUCCAGCUGCUAUGAAAAAGCUCCCUCUUGAUCGUCAUCUCUCAACAUCGAAUGUUCGGAAAGUUGUAGCAGAAGCUGAUGGUUACCAGCCCCAUUUAAUUGCUCCUGAGCAAGGAAUUAGAAGACUCAUUGAUGGAUCUCUUGGAUAUUUUAAAGGCCCAGCAGAAGCAACUGUUGAUGCGGUGCACUUAAUUCUCAAAGAACUCGUCAGGAAGUCAAUAGCAGCAACAGUGGAGCUGAAGCGAUUUCCAUCACUUCAAAAUGAUAUAGCUACAGCGGCUAAUGGUGCACUGGAAAGAUUCCGUGAUGAAAGCCGUAAAACUGUCAUCCGUUUGGUAGAGAUGGAAUCCAGUUAUCUAACGGUUGAAUUUUUCAGAAAACUUCAGCUUGAACCAGAGAAGAAUAGUGGCAAUAAUGCCAACCAAGCAGCGUCCAAUUCUGAUCGUUAUACUGAUAUUCAUCUCAGGAGAAUUGGAUCAAAUGUCUCAGCUUAUGUUGGUAUGGUUUGUGACACAUUGAAGAAUUCUAUUCCAAAGGCAGUUGUUCAUUGUCAAGUCCGUGAGGCAAAAAGAUCACUUCUCAACCACUUCUAUGUUCAAAUUGGAAAGAGAGAGAAAGAACAGCUCAGUGCCAUGUUGGAUGAAGAUCCUGCACUCAUGUCCAGAAGAGAAUCGCUGGCUAAGAGGCUUCAGCUCUACAAGUCAGCAAGGGAUGAUAUUGAUGCUGUAGCAUGGAAGUAAAGACAUACACGUCAGUCUUUUAAGCACUCACUAUCCCUGGGAUACCGUCUUUGCAAAGGUGAAUUUUCCUCCAACAAGCUAGUUACGAAAAUCAAUCUAUUCACAGGUGUAUUACAUCCCUGGGACGAUUCAUGCAGCUUUAGGUAACCGACUUCUUUAUUGAGCAACAAUUACGAACUAUAGAAUACAGGCGAUGGAAGAUCUUUGAAUUUGGAGAUACCAUAUUGCUUAUUACAUUACCUGGAUUUGUUUCUCACCUUCAAUUGUGAUUGUAAUUCUUUUACAAAAACAACAUAGCUAUCAUUCAGACAUCUAAUGUGAAACCAAAAAUCAGGGAGUAUACUUCUAAAUUGUUUUGAGUUUUGACAAAUUCUUUUCUAGUAAUGUACAAAUUUAUCAAGAUAUAAUACAUUCAAUUAUUUUUAUUUGUUUAGCUGCUUAAGUUGAAAUCUUGAUGGACCUUAUCCAAAGAUCUUUAUCAAAUGUAAGAGAAUUGCAUACCUAAACAAAUUGCUAGAUCAUUUAAGAUACUGCAACCCUAUCUAGUUUCGGAUUUAUUUUGAUGAAUAUGGCACACUUGUGUACCUGAUUUUGCAAAUGACAAAUUAAAAUGUGCCUCGAGAAUUAUUAAUAUUUAUGCUUUACAUUGAUGAACCGCGUUUCUGCUUUGGGUCAAUGUCAAGGAUUUGGAAAUAAG